AUGGGUGAAUAUACCAAAGGCUUGCUGCCAAGCUCCGUGCCCGUGGCAGAAGCGGUUCUCAUCUUGGGUAUUACGCUUUCAGUGCUAUCCGUCUUGGUGCUGCUUGUUGUACUUGCCACGCUCUGGCUCCCCGUGGUGGGCAUGUCUAUAUCCCUCGUCACCAAGCGGCAUUUCCCGGCCGUGGCUUUUGUAGCUGCGGGUGCCGUCUUCAUUGCCGUUCACGCGGUCCUGGCCGUGCGGCAGUUUUGCUGGUGCUGCUGUGCUGGCGCUGCCUUUAAGGGGUCCUCCACAGAAAAUCCCAAAUCGGCUCUCCUGAAAUCCCCCACCAGCGGCGACACCCACGCCCAGCAAGGCCGCCUCGAUUCGCCCACGGGCAGUGCAGACCCAGCCGGACUGGAGGGCCGCAACCCCUUCCACGCCACGUAUGGGAUGUUGCCUGGGAGCUCUGUGUUUGCCUACCAGAUCUUCAUCCCUGGCGCUGAGGACCAGCUGCAACCCGGAGGAGGAGGAGGCGGCGGCGAAUCUGUCUGGGGCCAGUCGAAAUCGUCACGACAUGGCAGCCCUGGCAGCGAGGGUCGUAGCCAUGGUACAGAGCACGGCAGGAUCAGUGUGCAGCAGCGUGAGGUUGAGCAGCGGCUGCGGGGGGGGGGUAGGGUAAGAGGUGGCGCAGCUGCCUGGCAUUUGAAGCCGCAUACGGCGCUGGCGGUGGUGGUCGAUGCAACGGAUGGCAACGCUUUUGACGUAAGCAUCGCAGCUUUGUUGAAUUGCAGGCGUCGAAAAAACAAGGCAGUCUCUAAGGCGUCAUAG